AUAUCUUUUAACACCUUAUCAUCUUCUGACUCUCGUACCUCUUCUGAUCCUACAACUGACGUACACUACAACACUGCUACCUCCUCUUCAAACUCCUUCUCCUUUAAAUCUAUCACUGAUAGUACACCACUAGCUUGUAAAGCUAUCAAAGCUCUAAGAAUAGCUUCUGAUGAUAAUGAGACAUGGAAUAGAAUUACCAGAGAUGGAUUGCUUGAAAGAUUAGCAUCUAGGUUAAAAAGAGCUGCAGCUAAGUUUUCUCAACAAAAGCAAGCACCUUCACCUUCAAAUGAAUCAGUGUCAGAGACAAGCGUUUCAAAUAAAGAAGUUACACCAGAAGCCUCAGAAGAGCCUCGUGAUUAUAGAGCUGUAGUUAAGGAAAUUACUGAUCGCCUACCUAAAGCAGAAGCUCAGUUAAGUGAGAAGUGGGCAUACAUUAUUGAUUCUGGUGGUCAGCCAGCUUUUCAGGAGCUGUUACCUGUGUUUACUAGAGCAGCUUCUCUUAAUAUCAUCACACUUGACCUUUCUAAAGGUCUCGAUGAGAAGUUUGAGUACAUAUAUCGAAUUAAUGGAAAAGAGUUUAAAUGUGAUGAGAAAAUGAAAUAUUCAAAUCGUAAAGUUUUUAAUUUUGUCAUUUCAGCAGCAUCAGUUCAGAAACCAUUAGAUAUUCCGUAUCAAACCAAAUCUUCCCAAGAGGAUGCUCCCAUUCACUCUAUGUCUUUCGUUCUUGGUACUCAUUACGAUGUUCUCAUUAAAAGGAGUAGUGAUGAAAAUGAAGCAGAGGCAAAGGUGAAACAAAUGAGCAAUGAUUUGAUGUCUCAACAGGAUUCUCAUUCUAAGAAAUAUGUAAUUCAAAAGAUACAUGGAGAUUCUGUCAUAUUUCCUGUUGAUACAUUGACAAAAGAUUUAAAUGAACGAAAGAUAAUCAGCCAAAUAAUUAUUAAAAAGAUAACAGGCUGUAUUAAGGCUAACCUUACAGUGAGGCUCCCAAUUCGAUUAUUUGUUUUCGAGCUUUGCUUAGAGGAAAGAGCUAAAAGUAAAGGUGGUUUUGUUACAAGAAAAGAAGCUGAUGGUGAAGGUGAGAUACUUCACAUGACUACUAGUGAUGUUGAAGAUGCUCUAACUUACCUUCACAAUUGCACCAUUAUCCUAUACUACUCGGAUAUCGAACCACAAUUAGUGUUUGUUGACCCACAGAAAAUUCUCAAUGUCCUUUCACAAUUAUUGGCUCUCACAUAUGUUGACAUGGAUACUGCACAAUCUUUUGUACCAGAAAUAAUUCAGGAGGAAAUGACCACUUUGAAGAUAAGGGGUUGUUUCAAGGAGCGCCUUCUUGCAAAGUUUACUGUCAACUCUGUAUUCACUGGUGAAUUCCAGCCAAUGUAUUUCAUCAAUUUGCUUAAAAAAUGCCACGUUAUUGCUGAAUUACAAAAAAAAUCAAGUCAAACUCGAGAUGUCAAAUAUUUUCUUCCUUCUGCUUUACGUUCAUACAACAAUAGCUUUGAAAAGAGCCCACCAGAUAGAAAACCAUUACGUUUUGUGUGGAGAAAGGAAGAGGAAGAUGACGAAGAAAAAGUAUUUGUCAACGUACCUCAAGGAAUUUUUCCUCUGAUAAUUGUUCGUUUACUCAAAGAAGAAGAAUGCGUUGUUCGGCUUUCUAAUCCUGAUGAUGCAUUUGAUUCUAAUGAUCCAUCUAAGCCUAAUGAUGUCUCACAGUUUCGAGAUGCAGCAUCACUAUUGAUCUCCUUUGACAAAAGCAUCACUGACCCACAUGAACGUUUGUACAUCAUCAAUUGGGAGAAGCAUAUUGAAGUUAUAUUUACUGGGAAAAAGGAGCAUUGUCCUAAAGUUAAUACACUAGUUCUUAAAGUCAUCAACGACAGUGCAAAUGACAUCAAUAUUUUAGUUGAAGACCUAAAUGUAGCUUUUGCUUGCCAACGUGAUGAGAGUAAAUACUGCAUUGUUCAAAAGGAAGAAGCAGUGUGUCGUUCUACACCUACUCACACUUGCCCUCUUGAUGACAGCUAUUGGUGCUGGUUUAAUACAUCAGAUUAUAAACGACGGCGUAAAUCUGACACAGGAAGUUCUGGUUCUCCACAAUAUAAACGUAAACAUCUCGAGGAAAUUGAUGGCAAGAAGCUUACCAUUAAAACAGUCAUGAAGAUAUUUGCUUCUUCUGCUCGCCAUUACAAGCUAAUAGGGAUUGGAUUGGACAUAGAAGUAGGUGACCUGAAAGACACAGAUCAAGCAACUAAUAAUCUUAUUGAAGUAUUUGAGAGGUGGUUUGAUGCUAAUAGAGAUGUCAGUUGGAAUGCAUUGAUAGAACUUUGUGAUACCUAUCCUAAUGAACUUGGCACAGCAAAGGCUAAGCUAAAUGAAGAACUUUGUUUCUAAUGAUAGCAGCUACUCAUAUUAGCAUAACUAGUCAAUUUUAGAAUAUUUUUAUUUUUUUUCAAACAUGCAUAGAUGUGUUAACAGUAACCCUUGAAUUAACCGUUUAUCACGGUA